AAGUGUGGUUCUCUCAGAUGCGCAUCUUCAUUACACCGCGUAUACCAGCUUUUCAUCAUCUCACUUUUCUCUAUAUAAAGCCCCCCCAAAUCUCAUAAAAUAAAACACAAGAAAAUCACAAACUAACCAAGUGUUCAAUUCUACGUUUUCUAGCUUCUUCUAUACCUUAUCGAGUAAAAAGAAAAAUGGCACAAUAUGCAGGAGAUCAAAAAUACGGAAGAGAAGGUCAGCAUACAGAUGAGUAUGGUAACCCUGUUCGGAAAACUGAUGAGUACGGAAACCCACUUCACUCUAGCAUCCCUUUUACCAGUACGGGAGCAGGCAUUGGCACCGGAACUGGGACAGGCUAUGAUCAAGAAGGCCACGAGAAGAAAGGGGUGAUGGAGAAGAUCAAAGAAAAGCUUCCCGGUGGUCACAACACGGUCGAGCAUCAAAGGGUGUCUACAACAAAGGCAGGUGGCUUUGCCGGUGGUUAUGGGGAAGGAGGGGAAACCCACGAGAAGAAAGGGGUGAUGGAGAAGAUCAAAGAAAAGCUUCCCGGUGGUCACAACACGGUUGAACAUCAAAGGGUGUCCACAACAACGGCAGGCAGUGUUGGUGGCAGUUAUGUGGAAGGAGGGGAAGCCCAGGAGAAGAAAGGGGUGAUGGAGAAGAUCAAAGAAAAACUUCCUGGUGGUCAUAAUACGAACGAGCAUCAAAGGGUAUCCACAACAAUGGCUGGAGGCCACCAUGGAGUUAGUGGCGGUUAUGUGGAAGGACGAGAAACCCACGAGAAGAAAGGGGUAAUCGAGAAGCUCAAAGAAAAGCUUCCCGGUGGUCACAACACGGACGAGCAUCAAAGCGUCCCCCCAACAACAACAAGCGGUGUUGGUGGUGGUGAUUAUGGAGAAGGUAGGGAAAUCCAUGCCAAGAAAGGGGUGAUCGAAAAUAUAAAAGAAAAGCUUCCCGGUGUUCACAGCACGAACGAGCAUCAAAGGGUGUCCACAACAACGGCAGGAGGCCAUAAUGGCGUUGGUGGCGGUUAUGUGGAAGGAAGGGAAACCCACGAGAAGAAAGGGGUUAUGGAGAAGAUCAAAGAAAAGUUUCCCGGUAGUCACAACACGGAUGGGCAUCAAAGGGUCUCCACAACAACAACAGGCGGUGUUGGUGGUGGUGGUUAUGGAGAAGGUAGGGAAACCCACGCCAAGAAAGGGGUGAUGGAAAAUAUAAAAGAAAAGCUUCCCGGUGUUCACAACACGGACGAGGAUCAAAGGGUAUCCACAACAACAGGAGGCCAUAAUGCCAUUGGUGGCGGUUAUGUGGAAGGAAGGGAAACCACCGAGAAGAAAGGGGUGAUGGAGAAGAUCAAAGAAAAACUUCCAGGUGGUCACAACACGGAUGGGCAUCAAAGUGUGUCCACAACAACAUCAAGUGGCGUUGGUGGUGGUGGUUAUAUGGAAGGACGGGAAACCCACGAGAAGAAAGGGGUGAUAGAGAAGAUCAAAGAGAAGCUUCCUGGACAUCAUUAGAUCCUAUGGUAUCUUUAUGAUGAAUCAUAUGUGUAUACAUAAUAAUAAUUUGGUAUUGUUGUCGUUUGUAUUGUGUUGUUGAUGGGUAACAAGUAGAGAGAUGGGAUUGAGCUUUGAAUGGUGUGUUAUCUCGUAUGUAAUUUGAUUUAGUUUUAUUGAGUUUAUGGAAGAUACUUAGGUUUUCUUGA